CUAAAAGGUCACAUGACUCCAUACAAACUCGCGUCCGAACUGUCACUGUUUUGAAAUGGUUAUGCUAAAAGGAAUACCAUCAAUACUUACACCUCAAUUAUUGUAUGUUUUGGCGCAAAUGGGUCAUGGAGAUGAACUAGUUCUUGCAGACGCAAAUUUUCCAACCGCAUCUGUUUGUAAAUGUGGUCCAGUGGAGAUAAGAGCAGAUGGUGUGAGUAUACCAGAACUGUUGCAGGCAAUAUUGAAGCUUUUUCCUCUUGAUACCUAUGAUGAUUCGGCAGCUGUCAUGGACCUUGUGCAGAGUGACAAACUGAAGGGACUGAAAGUGCCUGUAUGGGACCAGUACUCUGACCUCCUGAAACAAGCAGGAUCAGAUGGUAGCUUCAAGUUAGUUGAGCGGUUUGCUUUUUAUGAGCGUGCCAAGAAUUCGUUUGCUGUAGUGGCAACAGGGGAGACUGCACUGUAUGGAAAUCUCAUCAUAAAGAAAGGAGUAAUCACGUCUGGUGAACAAUGCUGAAAGAGGAACUGUUUUUCAGUACCAGAGUUAGGACACCAAAUAUUCCUAUAGAUAAUGCACACAUAAAAAAUAUUGAAAAAAGUUAUUGUAUAUUUUAUUAUAAAAGAAUGCGUGGUAACACUUUACAAUAAUGUUCCAUUCGUUAACAUUAAUUAAUGCAUUAGGCAUCAUGAACUAACAGUGAACUAUAUAUUUUUUUACAGCAUUUAUUAAUCUUUGUUAAUUAAUAAAAAUACAAUUGUUCAUUGUUAGUUCAUAGUGCAUUAACUAGUGUUAACAUAUACAAAUAUUGAUUACGAUAUGUUAAUAAUUAACAUUAACCAAAUUAAUAAAUGCUUUAAAAGUACUGUUGAUUGUUAAUUCAUGUUAACUCAUUUGAACAAAUGGAACCUUAUUGUAAAGUGUUACCGCAUGCGUUACCUGCAUUUUUUAAUUUUAGUAAAUAUAAAUAUCCUAACACAUUCAGAUGAUGCUGACUAAGAUCGUUUUGUCUAAUAUAGAUUUUCUCUUCAUAUUUGCAACUGAUUUUGUAAAAGAAGUAAUGAGACAGUUUCUCUAAUAUAUUGAUUCAUACAGUUCAACAAAUUACUUGGCUGUAACUACCUGUAUUUUCCCGGUUCUAAAAAAUGAGAGUGAAGUUUUUGUGAACAUAUGUUAAGGUUAAGUUCAAAUAUACCUGGUCAAAAGUAGCUGUUUUUUCAUCUUCUCCUGUGCAGCAGAUGUUUCUCAAUCUCCACCUGGCACCGUUUCAUUUUGCUGCACUAUAAUCUGGCAGUUAACACCAUCUGAAUCAAGCUUGUGAAUGUUCUCUUUUUAAGACUGCUUUCCUUAAUAAAUCCUUGAGACAUUUUUCAGAAAGUUGACAAAUA